ACAAUAGAAACCAUACAAGGCUGAAGUGAGGAGGAGUACAUAGUGCCACAACAGAGGUCAUAGAGAUCAUUCAUUCAUUAUAGUCACUGCCUCCAGACUUUAGCUUAGCAACAAUGUCAAUUUCAAGUGAGAACAACUUCACUAUCAAUGAUGAUGUUAAUGGUCCUGUACUUGCUGCUGUGUUUGCCACUGAGAUGAUACUAGCUCUGAUAGCUAAUGGUGCUGUACUCCUUAUUACAAUCACUCAGAGGAAUUCCUGGAAACAAUCAUCAACAAUAUUCUUCACUUCUCUCAUACUGGCACAUCUUGUACCGAAUCUACUGUACCUUCCUUUCACUAUCAUUUCAUUAGCUGCUGGUGAGUGGAUCUUUGGUAGUACAGAUGAGGAGAAAAGAGGUUUCUGUUCAUUUAUUGCCUAUACACUGUGGUACAGUAUUCCUGUAAUCACCAUAACACUAGCUGCUAUAUCAUUUGAUCGGUUUCUCUUUAUUGUCAAGCCACAUCUUCACAAGCGGUUCAUGAGACCCUGGGUAGCACUGACCCUUACCCUUGCUAUAUGGAUACUGUCCGCUGUAACGACUUUUACUCCAUUCAUUGAAGGAUCUGGUGCUGUUUUUAUGUAUGAAGGAAGUCACGGUACAUGUACAGUAGUAAUACUGGAGCUUCACUUUGCCAUAUUUUCCUUUGUGGGAUCAUUACUAGUAGUGGGUAUUAUCACUGUCACCUCAGUGUGGACCUUCUGUUUUACUCGCAAAUUCAUACACAAUCAGUCAGAGAUAGCAGGAGACCAUGUCUAUGCAUCUAAAAAAAAGAGACUGUUUGGAAUAUUUGGGGCUAUGCUAAUUGUGUAUGGGUUGUGCUUUACCCCUGGUAUCAUCAACUAUGUUGUGGUGCGAGCAAUUGUUGUAGCAGAUGAAAUAUAUUUGGCUGUUGUUAUCUCAUUUAUUUUUGUCACUGUACUAAGCCCCAUUGUUCAGUCUUAUUUCAGACCAGAAAUUAAGACAAAAAUCGUUUUUAUAAGUAGGAAAAUUUUACAAAAGCCUCCUCAGAGGGAUAGUAUCGAUUAUCUUGGGAAUUCUAAUAAUGAUUCAUCUGGGAGCAAGACAGAAAUAAACCAAAUUAGAACCUCUACACAGUUAAAAAUCAGUUCAGAUCAUGUGUUGAAUACAGAACAUUUAUCAACAACCGUGGUAUAAGGAAGAUGCUUGAACUUAAUUUAUUAAUCUUAUUAAAAGUCUUUUAUCCAUGUAGGAUGUAGCUAGUGAAACUUUAUUAAAUCACUAUACUUUGUUUUAUACAAAAAGGAUAAUCUAAUUAAAA